AUGGAUACUCAAGCUUCUGACCAAAGUACAGGUUCAGUUUUUACAGUACCGUCAUCAGCCGCUGAAACUUCGGCAAUAAUGUAUACUGAGGUUUCUGACCAAAGUACAGGUUCAGUUUUUGCAGUACCGUCAUCAGCCGCUGAAACUCCGGCAACAAUGUAUACUGAGGUUUCUGACCAAAGUGCAGGUUCAGUUUUUACAGUACCGUCAUCAGCCGCUGAAACUCCGGCAAUAAUGUAUACUGAGGUUUCUAACCAAAGUACAGGUUCAGUUUUUGCAGUACCGUCAUCAGCCGCUGAAACUCCGGCAAUAAUGUAUACUGAGGUUUCUGACCAAAGUACAGGUUCAGUUUUUGCAGUACCGUCAUCAGCCGCUGAAACUCCGGCAACAAUGUAUACUGAGGUUUCUAACCAAAGUACAGGUUCAGUUUUUGCAGUACCGUCAUCAGCCGCUGAAACUCCGGCAAUAAUGUAUACUGAGGUUUCUAACCAAAGUGCAGGUUCAGUUUUUACAGUACCGUCAUCAGCCGCUGAAACUUCGGCAAUAAUGUAUACUGAGGUUUCUGACCAAAGUGCAGGUUCAGUUUUUACAGUACCGUCAUCAGCCGCUGAAACUCCGGCAAU